AUGAAGCAUUGUGCACCAUCUCACAAACAAAUCAACAACACUUUCUCUCUUCUUUUCCUUCAUCCUUCAACCAAGGGAAUGGAACACACUAGUUUGUUUCAUGAUAAUGAACAUCCAAUGGAUUCAUUUGGAUUCAACUUUGAUGAUAUUUCAUACUUCAACUCUUUCUCAGCAUCCACACCUGAGAGUACUAAUUCCUCUCAUAACAAUAAUAAGAGACUCCAGUCAGAAAGCACACAAAACAACUCUUUCCCCAUUGAAAGUCCUAUUCAAUCUAUUGCCUCUGCAACACCACCAACUAAGCUAAAACUCAAGGCUUCUUCAUCUUCGAAAAUUAUUUCUUUUGAUAAUAUAAAUAAGGUUAAGAAGCCUAAAACCGAGUCAGGGUAUGGUGAAAACUUGAAUUUUGGAAGUGAGUAUGAUAAACAAGAGAACAAGGCUGCGACAAUGACAACGAUAACCAACAGAAACCCGAUCCAAGCACGAGAUCACGUAAUUGCUGAAAGAAAACGAAGGCAAAAGCUUAACCAGAAAUUAAUUACUCUUUCAUCCAUUCUUCCAGGUCUCAAAAAGAUGGACAAGGCAACUAUUGUAGAAGAUGCUACAAAUCAUCUAAAGCAAUUAAAAGAAAGAGUAAAGAGUUUAGAGGAACAAGUUGCUGAUAGAAAAGUUGAAACUGCAGUCUAUGCGAAGAGAUCUAUUCUCUUCUUCUCCGAUGAUGAUUGCGAAGAAAACUCAGACCAAUCACUCCCAAAAAUCGAAGCAAGAGUAUCUGGAAAAGACAUGCUCAUCAGAAUCCACUGUGACAAACACAGCGGCCGAAUUCCGACCGUGAUACUCAACAAACUCGAAAAACAUCAUCUCACCAUUCAGAGUAGUUCAUUUUUGCCAUUUGGAAGUAACUAUAUUGACAUAACCAUUGUUGCUCAGAUGAAUAAACAAUAUUGCUUGACGAUAACAGAUCUCAUAAGAAGCAUAAGUCAGGUUUUGAAGCAGCUCAUUUGA